GUCCUAUACCAUUAACUUUUACUCUUUCUAGCUUCAACCUAUUGUUCAAACCCCCCUCUCCUCCCCCCUCCCCCUCCAUAUCCUAGCCAUGGCUACCACUGCUGAGAUGGCCCUCGUCGCCGAACUUGUCCCCGCAAAGAAGGGGAGGUCGAGGAGGGCGCUGAAGCAGAAAAAUCCAUCAUCGAAUGAAGCCAAUAUAUUGGCUGCAAUUGUAACUCAGUCGCCUUCACUGGCGAUGCCAGUGGACGACUCUGUUAAAGAGAAUCUUGAAACCCUCUCACAGCCAAGAUCCGAAAAGAAAACAAACAAGAGAGGGGCCUCAAAGGCUAAUAAACAAACAGAAAAUGAAAAUUCUUUUGAGAAAGAGUUGCUAAAAAUGCAAGAAAAACUUCAAAAGAUGACACUUGAGAAGGAGCAGACUGAGGAAAUGUUGAAAGCUAGAGAGGAUAUGUUGAAGCAGAAGGAGGAAGAGCUCGAAGCUCGGGAUAAAGAGCAAGAAAAGCUUCAAAUUGAACUCAAAAAGUUGCAGAAAAUGAAAGAGUUUAAACCAACCCUGAAUUUCCCUAUAGUGCAAUCUCUAAGGGACAAAGAGGAGAAAAAAGAGAAGAAGAAGGCCGAUCCUUCGAAGAAAAGACCAGCAGCGCCGUACCUAUUGUGGUGCAAAGACCAAUGGAAUGAGGUGAAAAAGGCUAAUCCAAAUGCUGAGUUCAAGGAGAUAUCAAAUUUAUUGGGGGCAAAGUGGAAAACUAUAAGUGCAGAAGAGAAGAAGCCUUAUGAGGAAAAAUACCAAGCUGAAAAGGAAGCUUACUUGAAAAUUGUCGGAAAGGAGAAGCGCGAAUUAGAAGCUAUGAGGCUCUUAGAUGAAGAGCAGAAACAGAAAACAGCUAUGGAAUUGCUUGAACAAUAUAUUCAAUUCCAACAAGGAGCAAUUGAAAAUGAAAACAAGAAGAAAAAGAAAGAAAAAGACCCCUUGAAACCAAAGCAACCAUUGUCAGCAUUUUUCCUGUUUACAAAUGAGCGUCGCGCUGCUCUACUUGUUGAGAACAAGAAUGUGAAGGAGGUGUCAAAAAUUACUGGUGAAGAAUGGAAGAACAUGACAGAGAAACAAAAAGCGCCUUAUGAAGAGAUGGCAAUGAAGAGAAAGGAGCAAUAUCAGCAAGAAAUGGAAGUUUAUAAGAAGAAGAAAGACGAAGAGGCUGCUGAACAUUUGAAGGAAGAGGAGGAAUUGAUGAAACUUAAGAAACAAGAAGCACUUCAAUUGCUCAAAAAGAAAGAAAAGACGGAAAAUUUAAUCAAGCAGAAAACAAAAGAAAAUCGCCAAAAGAAGAAACAAAAAGAAGACAAUGUUGUGGAUCCUAACAAACCAAAGAAGCCUGCUGGAUCAUUCUUUCUUUUCAGCAAAGAGGAAAGGAAGAAACUAGUCGAAGAGCGGCCUGGAAUCAACAAUUCUACUAUUACUGCUCUCAUUUCACUGAAAUGGAAGGAAGUGAGUGAAGAAGAAAAACAAGUGUGGAAUAACAAAGCAGCUGAAGCAAUGGAAGCAUACAAAAAGGAAAUGGAAGAGUACAACAAAUCUGUUACAGAAAAGCAGAACAACAAUUAGAAGUGGUAGAAAUAACUAUAAUAUGUUCAACAUAACAUGUUGAACAUAGAAUGAUUGCUAGUUAGUUGAAGUAGUUAUUAGGUAUCAUUCCAAUUUUCCUUCUUGUUUAGUUGUUCUCUUUGCUAAUGUCCUUUUCAUUUGACUUCUAAUGGAUGACUUUAAAGAUUUAGACA